AUGUAUUCCUGCGUCAACUACCCUCGUGGAUGCCGUGGUCGUGUCAACAUUGACGGAGCCAAAUGCGCUACCUGUGUGGCCUCCAACCUACGCCGUCCUGCUUCUCCAUCUCCAUUUGGCUCUGCAUUCCGCUCUCAGCCAGCCUACCGACGGGCGUGGCUGGACGAGAAGAACGAGGAUGAUGAGAACUAA